GACGGAAGGAGAGUGGAAGGUGAAGGAAUAAGAGAAAAUGACGGAGAGUGAAACAUUGAGAAAGUAAGAGAGUAAAAUAAAAGAUGAAACAGAGAGCGAGCAGGUGCGCAAAAAGAGAAGAAAAAAAAAGCGAAUAAGAAAAAGAGCAAGAAAGAGAGAGAGAGAAAAAAUACGAAUAAAUAUAUAAGAAAAAAAUAAGACAAGGCUACUCAGCUUCAUAAUUUUAUACGAAACUGAGAUCAUAGUAAUCAAAACCUACCUGAUCAGUGCAUUGGGGAAAAUAAUCAAUACUUCAAUGCGUUGCCCGAACACCUGUAAGCCAAUAUUACCCGCAUGAGGAUAUACACAUGCUCAGUUCUCGACGAGUGUGCUACCAUACACUCACUCUCUCUCUGUUUCCAAUCCUCUUGCUGCCGUAGUGUGAGAGAUUACUUUAAAUAACGCAAGACAGCAGCUGAAGGGCGAGUGAGGGAGCUCUCUGAGAGAACAUCAAAAUACGGCCAGUCAGCACCUUAAGAAGAAUAAAAAGGGAAGAUAAGAGAAAGAGAAUAAAGAGGGAAGAGAGGAGAAGGAGAAUAAAGAGGGAAGAGAAGAGAAGGAGAAUAAAGAGGGAAGAGAAGAGAAGGAGAAUAAAAAAAGGAAGAUAAAAGGAGAAUAAAGAGGGAAGAGAAGAGAAGGAGAAUAAAAAAAGGAAGAUAAAAGAAGAAGAAAGAGGGAAGAGAAGAGAAGGAGAAUAAAAAGAGGAAGAUAAAAGAAGCAGAAGAGAGGGGGAAGGCGAACGAGAAAAACCCCGAGAAGCAGAAUGGGGAACAGGAACAGCGCAUUCACGGAGGAGGAACUGCAGGAAUAUGAGGACCUCACUUUUCUCACCAGAAAGGAGAUCCUUCUAGCUUGGAAGAGAUGGGAGGACCUCAUGGGAACGGGAGCUGGCAACGACAAAUUGGCCCGUUAUCCGGAGAAGAAUUUUCAUGAACUUCCGGAAUUGAAGCACAACCCUUUCAAAGAGCGGAUCACCAAAGUCUUCUCCUCGGCGCAGGAUCACAGGAUCAGCUUUGAGGAUUUCUUGGACCUCCUGUCGGUCAUGAGUGACAAGGCUCCUCUGCAGCUCAAAGCUCACUACGCCUUCCACAUCUUCGAUUAUAACGAAGACCUUAUCAUAGACGGAGAGGAUCUGGACUGCGUUGUGGACCGUCUUACUGGAAGGGAAAAUUUACUACCUGAAGAAAAAGACAGACUUAUCAAGACGCUGCUGCAGGAAACGGACCUGGACGGUGGUGGCAUUUCCGAAGAAGAAUUCAAGCAUUUGUUGACUAAAUGUCCGGACUUCAUUCACUCUUUUCGGUUUUCUGUGUGAUAGAAAAGGUCGUAUAGAAAACGAUUAUGGGGGAAAAAAAGAAAAAAAAAAGAAAACGUGGAUUCUGUGAUUCUGAUUGAGCAUUGACUGUUUUAUUUUUCUAACAAAGGGAAAAAAAGAGUAAUCAACUAUUUUUUAUUGAUUCCAAUUUUAAAACAGAUGAAUAAUGUAGUUCUAGUUCACACACACGCGCGCGCGCACACACACACACACACACACACACACACACACACACACACACACACACACACACACACACACACACACACACAA